UCCACGUUACAGGCUGGUCGUCAGCGCGGGAGCAGUGUCAGCGUGAGUGAAGGAGAGCGUGAAGGCAGGACAUCCAGGAGUUUUUUUUCUGAAGGAAGACAAGACAUUACAACAUGAGUAACCGACGCGGAGAAAAAUCUCCCGCCUGGGUCGGCUGGGUGGGGAACAUGAACAUUAUAACGGACUACCUCAUAACGCGGCCAUGGACUUCCAUCUGGUGUGUUCCAAAGACAAUCAAUUCCCUCCUGCGCGCCGUCGGGAUCGUUGCUUUCGCGAACAACCCAAUUACAGGUUUUCUUAUCAUGGCAGCGAUGUUCGUCGGAAAUAUCAACGUGUUUUGGGCGUGUUUGCUGGCGGGCGUGCUUGGAGUCGCUUUCAGUAAGGUACUCAACCAGCCGGAGAAUUUAAUAAGUGACGGCGUGGUGGUGUUCAACGGCAUUCUGGUUGGAUGUAUUUCGGUGGCAGUUUUCCCGCCUCUCUCAGGACACAAGAUCGAUUCCCUGUUCUGGCUAUAUGUCACCUUGGCGGUCAUCAUCACAGCAUACGUGGACAAGGGUCUCAACGCUCUGAUGGCGGCUUCGAAACUACCAGCUUUAUCUAUCCCGUUCAACUUCUCCGCCGCCAUCAUGUUACUGAGCAUGCGCACUGCAGCCGACCUCAAGGGCGCUCAGCUCCCGGAGGUUGAGGGCGCUAACCUGACUGCUGGGGUCAACGUCACGCAGGACAUAGAGUGGGGAAAGGUGUUCGAGGGCACGCUUCUGGCUUCGGGGCAGAUCUAUGGCGUCGGGACUGUCGACUCCUCCAUCCUCGUCUGGCUUGGCUUUUUCUUCUUCUCUCCUCUCCUUACUGUUUUCUUCUACAUGGGAAGCGUCAUUGGCACAAUGAUUGGGUUGCUGGUGAGUACUGCGCCCUACACAGACGUCUAUCUAGGGCUUUGGGGCUACAAUGCCAUGCUGUCAGCCGGAGGUCUCUCCUACUUCCUCGUCCCUCUGCCGGGUGUGUUUGUGGCUGCCAUUAUUGUAGCUUCUCUGGCAGGCGCAGUCCAGGCAGCAACGGUGCAUAUAUUUUCAGCGACAGCGGUGCCCGUCCUGUCCUACCCUUUCAACGUGGCCACGCUGCUGAUCCUCGCCAUCAGCACGACAGAAAACCCGCCGUUCGUGUGGGUGGCGAGCAAGACUUUCCCCGAACAGCAUCUCGUCAAGUACUUCAGCGAGGAAAGGAGACUUCAGAACGAGCGCAAUCUUCCCGAUGCAGAGGAGCCCCUUCAAGCCAUCGGGAAAUGAGUGAUCUGAAGGGGUCGUUGGCUCAGCUGUUGCAAGACUAUUAGGGCAGUUUAUUUGCCUUUUAGAUAUUUGUAUGGUCAGAGUACGUUAUUUCUGUUGUUGUUUUUAGUGAUGGUAGUACCGUCGUUGUGGUUAUUGCGGGUCGGUGUUACUUAUAUCAUUGUUUUGUCAUUGUCAUUGCUACUGUUAUUUUUUUUAUUAUAGUUAUUACUAUUAUUAUUAUUAAUCAUUAUUAUUAUCAAUGUUAAUCAUUGUUGUUUUUAUUAUCUUCGCAACGACUGUCAUCGCAGUCUUUGCAUGAACACUGUCACUGUAAUGACCUUGUUUAUAAAUUUCUUUUCUUGCCACGCGGCUUCCCAUAGAGAUACAUCAAAGGAUUUAUUUUAAAAGAGUACAUGGAACCGCCAUGGUGCUAAAGUGACGUGGGCAAGAGUGUAUAUAAAGAUGAACGGAAAUGGAACCACGAAAGUAUACAAGCGAAAUACUAGAUGGCGCUUAUUUUCUUUCUUAAUAAA